CUUCAACUGAACGGGAAGUGAUGUUACAUUGAUAGUGAAGGGUGUUCAUGCAACAAAUGGAUCGAAAGGACUUAGUAAACUCAAUUUAGUGAGUAUUUUUAAAAAUCUAAAAAUCAACAAACUGUCAUCGCUUUUGAUAGGGCGAUUCUACACGAAACACCAAGAAAGAAAGAGACUCACAUAUACUGGUCUGAAAUAAGCACUCACUAUGUCUGAUGGGGACUAUGACUACCUCAUCAAGUUCCUAGCCCUUGGUGAUUCUGGAGUAGGGAAAACCAGCUUUCUCUACCAGUACACCGACAAAAAGUUUAACUCCAAAUUCAUCACUACAGUGGGCAUUGAUUUCAGAGAAAAACGAGUGGUAUACAAAUCAAAUGGUCCAGAUGGGGCAGCAGGCAGAGGACAGAGGAUUCAUGUUCAGCUGUGGGACACGGCAGGGCAGGAGAGGUUUCGGAGUUUGACAACAGCUUUCUUCCGAGAUGCGAUGGGCUUCCUCCUCCUGUUUGACCUCACCAAUGAGCAGAGUUUCCUUAAUGUCAGAAAUUGGAUGAGUCAAUUACAGAUGCACGCUUACUGCGAGAAUCCAGACAUUGUUCUCUGUGGCAACAAGUGUGACCUGCAGGAGCAGAGGGCAGUCCGUGAAGAUGAGGCCCGUGAGUUGGCAGAGAAGUAUGGAAUCCCUUACUUUGAGACAAGUGCAGCUAACGGGCAGUUUGUUAGCCAGGCCGUGGAUGUCCUGCUGGACCUCAUUAUGAAGAGGAUGGAGCGCUGUGUGGACAAGUCCUGGAUCCCUGAUGGAACUGUGCGAUCCAAUGGACACAGUGGUCACACAGACAUCACAGAGCCCAAGACCCAGGAGAAGGGCAAAUGUGCUUGUUAGGGUCCACAUACAGAUAAUGGUUACACCAUCCCCUCAGUGAUGUUUUGGUAGGACUGGGUUUUAUUGUAUGUGAUGAAAGGCAUGUAAUAUUUGUAAAUCAAUGAUGUCAUAGUAAGUUUUUGCAAGAUGUGGGGGUGGGUGUGUAUGACGUGCAAAGCUGAAAGUAACUACUAACCCCUGCCAAAUGUUCCAGAGCAUCAUUAUGUUUUGUUAAUUUGAUUAUGCCAUUUGGUGUGGUGCCUCUCCUUACACUUGUCCAUACAGUGUCAAUUAAGUGCCUUUUUAUGUUUUCAUUUCAGAGAAUAUUAAAUGUAUUUUACAUUGUAAAAGAAAAGUGUAUUAUAACCAACUAUUUUCUAAGAUCCAGAAGAAAAGUGAGAAGCCACUGAAAAUUGUAUUAGUUGAGAACACUUUCCUGUGAAUUAAAAGGAAACCCAUCCUUAUUAGAUUGAACUUUUUGACACAGGAUAUUUUUGUCACUAUGCACUUCCAUUUAUUCUUGUACAAUGUAAAAGUCCUGAGCACAUGCAAUCUGUAGUGAAUAGUGAUUGUUUUUGUAUAGGCCUGCUCUGUAGUAGCAGAGUAGCAGUGUGUUUUUAUUUGUAUCACAACGUCGGGUUAUUGGGUCUAUCAGAAAUGUUUGACGUUCCAUGUAAUCAAUGCUGAUUUUGUUCAUUCGUAAUUUUACAAUGUGCCUUAAAUCUGCUGUAUUCUGUCAAACACUGUUUUCAUGCCAAAUAUGUAAACCAUAUCCUUUAUUCCAUAAAAUAAAUAUAUUUUAUUAUUUAUUAAA